CUUCUAAGCCCGCGCUUCGAAAAGCUCGACCCUGAUUCGUUUGCGAAUUAUGUCAGCAGUCCUUCUAGAUGCCUUAAGAUUGUCAAAGGACUUGCAUUCACUGGGUGUGCUGUGUUUUGUGUUCUUCUAUACGCAAGCGUAGCUACGCGUUCGGACUGGAACUAUGUCACUUCAAGCAUUGCCACUAACACAAGUUCCACCACUACAAUGUCAACGAUACCCUACAAGUCGACGACAAAACCUAAAGAGGGGGUCAAAGGAUCAUUAUGGGCGACGAAAAAGCCGCAAUACUAUACCAUCCACACAAACGAGCCUUACGACAUCGAUACAGCUCUUCGUACAGUGUUAAAUCUGUGUCCGGAUGAGGUCUACUACAACGCAUUGACGCAGCCUAUCAAGACUGGUGGCGAGAAGAAGCUUCACGAAACCGGUGUACGGGUACGCAUGUUCAAGAAGUACUUUGAUGCCUGGGAAGCAUUGCACGUCGUGACAGACAGUCUGUCUGAUACGGCCUUUGUACGGGACGAUAUUCUGCGCCACAUCCGAGACUCCAAAGAUCUCUCUCAUUUCACCUCCGGAUCACGACUUGAGGCUAUGCGACAGUAUGAAACCUAUCGCUCUUUCCUGUCGAACAUGUCCACAAUCCUAUUUCCUUGGACCAGUCCUUACUUCUCAGACCAUAUGACGCUACAUGGACACAUGUACAACGCUGGACGUGGCAUUGUGAUCUCAGGCAGCACCUCGCAGGCUCCGUACAUCAAGACUGCAAUCUCUUCGUUUCGUGCAAUGGGCUGCACUCUGCCGGUCGAGAUCAUGUAUCUUGGCGACUCCGACUUGAGCGAAGACACACGCACAGAGCUCGAAACUAUCCCGGACGUCAUUACUCGCGACAUCAAAAAGAUGGUCAACGAUCAAGGCUGGGCACUUCAGGGUUGGGCCGGCAAAGCGUUCGCGGCGUUCCUGAGCUCUUUCCGUGAGGUCAUCUUGCUCGAUGCGGACGUCUUGUUCUUCAACAAUCCUGAGCUUCUGUUCAGCGAGCCUGGAUAUGUCGAUACGGGUGCCCUUUUCUUUUCCGACCGUACAGUCUUUCCUCAAGACAAAAGAUCUUUCCUACGCAAGAUUUUGCCUAAGCCUGUCUCCAGCAAGGCCAGAGAGAGCAGAUGGUGGAAAGGCGAGACUGGCGAAAACCAAGAAUCUGGCGUAGUGGUGGUUGAUAAAUGGAGACACUUNUUAAGUGUCUUCUUGACUGCAAGAUUGAACGGACCAGACCGUGAUGAUACCGAUGCUGGGCAGGGAACUUACAGCUUCUGGUGGGGUGAUAAGGAGACUUGGUGGAUUGGUUUCGAGCUCGCUGGCGAUACUGAUUACCACUUCCAUCAAGGUGGCACCGGUAACAUGGGCACUGUGAGCAACACGGAACCUAUCGACAAGCCCGAGGACAAACCUGAGGAAAAGCCCGACGACAAGCCCGAAGACAAGCCCGAAGACAAGCCCGAAGACAAGCCUGAAGACAAGCCCGAAGACAAGCCUGAAGACAAGCCCGAAGACAAGCCCGAAGACAAGCCUGAAGACAAACACGAGGCUGAGAAUUUCGGCGAGGAGGAAGAGAACGCGCCUGCAGAGGAGACAGCGACUGGAGAGCCCUUGCAUAAGACUGACAGCGAAGAAUUCGAAGCAAACCUGAGAGUCUUGCAAGAAUCUCAGUCGAACCAGGCCGAGGAAGCCAAAACGGAACAAGUCACUCCAGAGCCCACGGAUUCAAGCACAGAAACAAAAUUUCUCUCUCCCGCUCCAGACGCUGACGAUGUGAUGAAGGCCAUCAAAGCAGCAGAGGCUGCAAGAGCGGCUCGACUUCCUACUGAAGAAGGCCAUUAUCUACCAGUAGAGGACAACAACCAAUCUGGCGACAACCCUCCCGCCGCAGAGCCCACAACCCUACCAGAAACGCCUGCUGCUGCCGCUGAAGAGUCUGAUCCUGGUCGAACCCUCUCUCGUCGCCAUUUGACCAAACGUGACAGCUGGUUCGACACUGCGUUGGAGAAAAAACGUACCAAUCUCACUGGUCCUGGCAUGCUCGACCUUCCUGGUCAGAACAUCAUCCUCUGUUCCCCACAACUUUUGCAUUUGUCUCGCGACGGCAGGCCUUUGUGGUUCAAUGGCUGGAUCCAGAACAACAAACACGACGCCAGCUCCGACAUAUCAGUCUUCGAGUUCUUCAUGGCCGAAAAGAGANNAAAAGACGGAGAGUGGGCUGAAUGGGCCAUUGGUGCAAAUAACAUGUGUUGUCUCAAAAGCGAUGAUUUGUACGCGAUGAAUGAGAAGGAGUUGAAGGCUCUGGAGAUGAUUGUCGAUAUCGCAAAGGAGAACGGAUCAUUGAAGGAAGUCUUGGAGAAGGACAGGAAAGCAAAUAAGAAUAUUGCGGAC